AUGGACUUCUACGACGGUGACGACGACGACGACGACGAUCUUAUUACCGAAUGGUGGGAUCAAGAGGAGUUGUUUGACGAUGAUGACUACUACAUUGCAGCUGCUCUUCUUACGGACAUAGAGCAUAAGAGGACCAAAAGAAAGCGUCGUGGUUCAGUCCCAGGUCGUGAGAUAAUUUAUAGGGAUAGGUUUGCUGGCAAUUUGCGCAUAGUGGCUGAUUAUUUUGCAGAUCCUCCUGUAUAUAAUGCAAAAUUAUUUAGGAGAAGGUUCAGAAUGUCAAGGGAGCUCUUCUUGCGCAUCGUGGCUAGUGUGGAGGCUCAUGAUGACUACUUCAGGUGGAGACCGAAUGCAGUGGGUCUUCUCGGUGCUACUGCAUUGCAGAAGGUGUAUGGUGCAAUUCGCAUGCUUGCAUAUGAUAUUCCAACCGAUAGUCUUGAUGAAGUUGUGAGGAUUUCAGAGAGCACCAUGAUAGAAGCUUUCAAGCACUUUGUCAAGGCUGUGGUAGAUGUGCUUGCUGAUCAAUACUUGAGGGCACCAACUGCUGAGGACACUGCAAGGUUGAUGGCUAUAAACACUCCAAGGGGGUUCCCAGGGAUGUUAGGUUGUAUUGGCUGUUCUCUUAAUGAUAUCAAUGUACUACAGAGAUCACCACUCUUUCAAAGGCUUACAUCAAGGACAGCUCCUGAGCUGGAGUUUAUAGUGAAUGGAAAGAAAUACACUAUGGGUUACUAUCUUGCUGAUGGCAUAUACCCUUCUUGGGCCACUUUUGUGAAGACCAUUUCCAAUCCACAAGGUAACAAGAGAAUACAUUAUGCAAAAGUUCAAGAAGGAGUGAGAAAGGAUGUUGAAAGAGCAUUUGGUGUUCUACAAGCCCGCUUUGCAAUGGUGAGGGGUCCUGCUAGAUUUUGGGAUACAGAGACCCUAUGGUACAUAAUGACAGCUUGUGUAAUCAUGCACAACAUGAUCAUUGACAAUGAGCGAGAUGAAGAUGUAGACUAUGACUAUGAUCGGGAGGACAGUGAGGUGUUGAGAAAGGAGGAAUACCAAUGGCGUAAUAAACCUGUGUUAGAGAAGUUUCUAAAGAUACAUAAAGAAAUUGAAGACCGACAGGUACAUGAGCAACUUCGAGAUGAUGUUGUGGAACAGUUGUGGGCGCUUCAUGGUGCUCGAUAG